UCAAUCUACAAAUAGUACCAACUUAUUUAGCAGGAGAAGCUACUCAAUAUAUAAUAUAUAUGGGAACUGGAUCCGUUUCUUCGGUAUCGUCGCGUACCACGACUGCAUCGUCAGCUCCAAAGGUCCAUAUCUGUGACGUUUGUGGCAAACUGUAUGCGAAGCCAUCUCUUUUAGCGCAACAUCAAAGAACUCAUUCUAAUGAAAGGCCUUUUAAAUGUCCACAUGAGGGUUGUGAGAAGUCAUUCUUCCGGAAAUCUCAUUUACAAGCACACGAGUUAUCCCACCAAUCUGAAGAAUCAAAACCGUUCACAUGUAGUGUUUGUGGGAAGGGAGUGAAUUCUAAGCAGCAUCUUAAGAGACAUGAAAUUACCCAUACAAAAUCGUUCAGUUGUACAGUAGAAGGAUGUAAUGAGUCCUUCUAUAAACAUCAGUCUCUUAGACACCACAUAUUGUCAGUACAUGAAAGGUCUCUUUCCUGUAAAAUCUGUAACAAGACGUUUAGUAGACCUAAUCGACUUGCACAACAUAAUUUGAAGUUCCAUUCGGAAACUCCCGUUUACCAAUGUGAUCACCAUGGUUGCUUUGGGAACUUCAAAACUUGGUCUGCUUUACAACUUCAUAUCAAAACAGAACAUCCAAAACUCAAAUGUCCAAUCUGUGACAAGGGUUGUGUAGGUAGAAAAGGUCUCAAGUCACAUAUGCAAAUCCACGAUGAAGAGAAAAUGGUUAAACUCUGGAAUUGUACCUAUUGUGACGUGGGUCAAUUUGUGAAAAAGCUGGAUCUUAUUGAACAUUAUAAUACGUUCCACGAUGGAAAUGUUCCUGAGGAAUUAUUGAAACCAGCUGCAAAGGAACACUUGGCUACGCUUCUUCUGGAAAGUACAGAUCCCAAUACAAACCCAGUUACCCUUGCAGAGCUUAACGGAUUUGUGGUGGUUGCUUCAGAUGAGGAGGAUGAGGAUGAAGAUAAUGCGGAUCAAAUGUCCAAUGAUAUGAAGGGAUCGCAAAAAUCUAUUGAUUCACUUAAUUCGACCCUACAAUCAGGGAAAUCUUCAAUUAUUGAUCUCAUUCUGAAGAAUUUCGAUGCAAAGAAGAUUUCUUGUCCGAAGAAGAAUUGCGAUAGAAAGUUUUCACGUCAAUACGAUUUACAAAGACAUCUCGCUUGGCAUGAAGCACAUAUGCAAAAGAUCGAAUCUUUCUUGCAAUCAUUGGAGACAGAAGAAUCGCAGGGGACAAGGAAAAGACAAAUUGUGGAUAUAUCUGCGAGUGCAAAACGACGGAAAGAGGAUAAUGAUUAUGACGAUGAUGACGAUGAAUUUAACAAUCUCAUCGAUGAGGAAAUGAAAAAGGCACAGGAAGGACUGCUCUUGGCAUAGGCUACAUAAUUUAUAGAAUAAUUAAUACAUAAAACUGUUGAAUUUUAGAUAUAAC